GAAUGGGGAGGGAAGAUGAGGGCGGGCUACACCUCGGGCUCGCCGGGAAGCGACAACUGCCCCGGCGGCGGCGGCGGCGUGGAGGAGGCGGCCCGGGCACGACCCAGGAAGGAGCUGCGCAAGGCAGGUGGACGGGCAGGCGGUAAGCAGGAGAUCUGUGGAAAUUGCUCAAUCUUUUGCAAACAAGAUGAAGGAAGGGUUGGCCUCCCUAGACCUUCACAGGACGUUUCCAUGGUGAGCCCUAGAAUGGAGCACUCUGGACCUUCCAAUAAUCUGGACCUAAUGGACUUAAAGGCUGAUGGUGGUGGAAGAGGAGAGUUGAGCUCUGACCCUGGACAACUCUUGGGAGUGGCUCAAGCCUUGCUUACACCUGAAGCCUCAUCUCUCCCUUUCUUCACGUGCCCAGAAAAUGUAGGUUCCUUGCAGGACAGGUUGGAGGAUGUUUGCAGUGGGACAGGAAUAUCGUCUGAGAAACCCCUUCCAGCUUCAGCUCAGCUGCUGAGUGAAGAUCUUCAGUGCCCAGAAAGCCUAAAAACCCAGGACAAGAGUAAUCAUGACACUACUCAGGCCCUCUUCUGGGCCAGUAUCCUUCAAGCUCAGAUGUGUGUCCUGGACCUUCAAGGGGAGAUUGACAGGCAGAAGGAGCCACUGAAGAUUUCCUCCCUGAGUCCUGAGAGAGUGCCAGUGAUGGCCGUAUCUCGGGACUCAGUCGCCUCCUGUGAGCCUCUGUUCCUGGACAGUGAUAGUGGGGAGGAGCCAGAGGAGAGCUUAGAGGGGCAGGAAGAAGAAAGCUCAUCAGAGGAGGAGGAGGAGGUGGAAUAUAUAUUUUACAACAACCCACUCUUUCAGGACAGUCCUCGCCCAACAAGAACCAUCAGUUCUGAAGGAUCAAGCCUCUGGGGCCAUCCAGAGGGAAAGGUUUCCGCAGAGGAGGAUGAGGGCAUCGUUGACAGCGCUCUGGUCUUUAGGGACCGUGGUGAUCACCUGUUUUGUCAGACAUGUGUAGCAACAAGCCCUGAGGCGAUGGAUUUUUGCUCUGAAGUUGAGCCAGGUGCUAGGGAUGACCUGCCUCCAGGCCCUUUCCCAAGCUACCUGCCCCACUGCCGCUCCUUGUCUCCCUUGGUGAUCACAGAAGGGGAUGUGGAAGGUGCCUGCCCUUCAGCGGAGGUCCUGGAGGCCCAAGGCUGCUUCCCAGAGCAGCUGGCCUACAAUCCCUCCAGAGGACUUCUGGAAAGCAAUGCUCUGGGUGAAAGCCACUGCGUGGACUCGCCACCCGCGCAAGGCCUGCUGUUCUCUGCCUCCAGCACUUCCCUCCUGUCGGCUUUGGUGCAAGAGCCACGGGAGACCUGCCCUCCUCCCCAGCCUCCCUCUCCUGCAGAGAUCACCAGGAGUGCUGGCAGCUUCUCAGCCCCUGCUGCAGAGCAGACUCUGUGGCAGGAGAAGUUCAGGCCACAAGUCCCAUCGCUUUCCGGCGCAUGGGCUGGGCAGCCCGAAAGAACUUCCUGUCUGCAGGAGGAAGUCGCGCUGCCAGAUUUGCACUCAGUCUCGCUCGGUGGUGUAGACCGGAAGCUGGAGAGCUCAACGGAGGGGCUCGAGAUGGUGGACUUGGCCCCUGCACAUGGCAACAAAAUCCUGGAAGGCGAGCAGGAGGAGCCUCCUCUGUGCUGCCCUGAAGAGCUCUGGGUGGAGCCCAGCAGCGUGGCGGAGUCUCUGCCUGAGAAGGGGCUGGUGGAACCAGGUGGCGAGCUCUUUGCAAACGGCACUUCUGGGGACCAGGCAGCUGCGCUAAGGCUGGCGAACCGUCUCUAUCACCUGGAUGGGAUCAAGAGGUCACAGGUGGCUGCCUUUCUCCGAAAGAACAAUGACUUCAGCCAGAUGGUCGCCGAGGGGUACCUCUCCUUCUUCCAUUUCAGCAGACAGACUCUGGACCAAGCCCUGAGGUCGUUCCUGAAGGCCUUUGUCCUCACAGGGGAGUCCCAGGAGCGCGAGCGGAUCCUCCGGCAUUUCUCCCAGCGCUAUCACUCCUGCAACCCCGAAGCCUUCAUUAGCCCAGAUGCUGCGCACACACUCACCUGUGCCAUCAUGCUCCUCAACACAGACUUGCAUGGGCAGCAUAUUGGCCGGAGCAUGACCUGCCAGGACUUCCUUGCCAACCUUGAUGGCCUGAACGAUGGCUUGAACUUCCCCAAAGAGCUCUUGAAGGCCCUGUAUUACUCCAUCCGCCAUGAGAAACUGGAAUGGGCUGAGGAUGACGAGGAGCCGGUGGGCAGCCAGACGCUCCAGGCCUCUGCAUCCAGCAGCAGCUUAUCUGGCCAGAAGAAAAGCAACCCUUUCCUGAACCUGCUGCAUGACCCCGGUGCGAAAACGUACCGGCAGGGCCUCCUCUCGCGCAAGGUGCAUGCCGAGGCUGAUGGCAAAAAGACGCCCUGGGGCAAGAGAGGCUGGAAGAUGUUCCAUACGGUGCUGAAGGGGACGGUGCUCUACUUCUUCAAGGACGAGGGCCGGCCGGACGCCUCAGGCUCAGAAGAGCCCAUCGGGGUGCAUCACGCCCUGGCGGAGAAGGCUAGUCAGUACACCAAGCGGCCGCACGUCUUCCGGCUCCAGACAGCUGACUGGCGCAUCUUCCUCUUCCAAGCCCUCACCUCAGAGGAAAUGAGCUCGUGGAUUUCCCGCAUCAACCUCGUGGCUGCCAUGUUCUCCUCCCCACCGUUCCCUGCGGCCGUGGGCUCCCAGCGGAAAUUCGUGCGGCCCAUCCUCCCAACGGUGCCUUGCAAGACCUCCCUGGAGGACCAACACCUUGCCCACGAGAGCUGCAUGGAUAAGGUGUCGGAUGAGCUCCUGGAGCACCAGCGGAACCUUCCGGACAAACGUGGCCGUGGCCGGGACCUGGAGGAGUAUCAGCUCAAGAAAGAGUACUUGCUCUAUGAGAAGCGCCGGUACGAGAUGUAUGUGAGGCUCCUGGAGCUGAAGCUCAGCAGUGCCACGGAGGACCUGGACCAGUGGGAGGCUCGGCUGGGAGAGGCUGCGGAGACCGACCCUGGCCUGCACAAGUCCCAUUCCAGCCCUUCCCUGAAUGUGGAGGGGCUGCCCACGGGCGUCAAGGUGAAGCGGAACAUCUCCGAGCGCAGGACAGUCCGCAAAAUCAUCCCCAGGCGCAACAAGCAUUUGCUGUGACGGUCUCCAGCGCUGCCCUGCCUUGGGACUCACGCCUGGCGUCCUGUGGGGUAGCCGUUGGAGCAGGGAGAACAGGGUGACGUGACGUGACGGGAAGGCGCUGCUCUUCCCCACAAAGGCAGCAAAUGGCACUUGCAGUGCGUGGGCACCAGGUGGCGCCACAGCACACAGGAGAAGGGAGCCCUCCCUGAACCCACCCUCCUCGCUGCUGCGUCCAGAGGCCGCAAUUGGAUCGUCUCUGCGCGGGACUUGGCAGCGGCCACGAGCCAGACCAGCUUCCAACUAUGAGCCUCGGGGAAAGUGUCCUGGCUGAUGUGGGGCUCAGCCUCCCAAGUGCUCAGUUGUGGCCGGUGGAGCUGCGCUCUUGGUGCAAUAAAUGGAGGCAGAGCUUGGACUGCA